GACACAAGACUGAUAGGAAGAAUUUAAUGAGGAAUUGAUAUGAUGUUACCAUAGACUGUAUACACACUCUUGUACAGUAGGUGGCGGUAUGCACCUAAACGCUGUUUGCGAUCCGCCUGUAAAUCGAGAGAAGAAGAAGAACCGCCGCACUGUUUCCGUCAAUCAGCUGGUAGGUGGGGUCACAAAGAGCCAAGAUGGCGGACUUUGAGGAGCCGCUGUCAGAUGAAGAGAAGGUUCGCAUUGCAGCCAACUUUGUGACUCAUGCCCCCCCAGGAGAGUUCAAUGAGGUCUUCAAUGAUGUGCGGCUUCUUCUCAACAAUGACAACCUCCUCCGGGAGGGGGCGUCCCACUCUUUUGCCCAGUACAACAUGGAUCAGUUCACUCCUGCCAAACUCGAGGGCUAUGAAGAGCCGGUCCUGAUCACAGAGCAUGGUGAUCUCGGCCAGGGACGCUUCCUCGACCCCCGUAACUGUUUGUCCUUCCGGUUCGACCACCUAAGAAAAGAAGUGAGCGACGUGCAGCCAUAUGACGGAGAGACGGCCCUGAGAAGCUGGAGAGAUUCCUGUGAUACUUUCCUUAGUGCCUACGUCAAAGAGCACUACCCCUCUGGAGUCUGCACUGUAUAUGGGAAAAUGGUGGACGGUCAGCAGACUAUCAUAGCUUGCAUUGAGGGACAUCAGUUUCAACCCAAAAACUUCUGGAAUGGGCGCUGCAGGUCAGAGUGGAAGCUUUCCAUUGGUCAGUCCACUGCUCAGGUGGUGGGAGUUUUGAAAAUCCAGGUGCAUUAUUAUGAAGAUGGGAAUGUGCAGUUGGUUAGUCAUAAGGAGGUAGAAGAAUCAAUACCAGUGACUAGUGAAAGCCAGACAGCCAAGGAAUUCGUUGACAUUAUUGAGAAUGCGGAAAAUGACUACCAGACUGCAAUUAGCGAGAACUACCAGACCAUGUCCGACACUACAUUUAAAGCCCUGCGUCGCCAGCUGCCUGUGACACGCACUAAGAUCGACUGGAAUAAGAUUCUAAGUUACAAAAUUGGCAAGGAGAUGCAGAACGCCUAGAGGAAGGUCGGGGACUGACCAGGGAGACACACACUCCACUGGGCUCACAACCCACUUAUACAUGUGCAAGGACUAACCAAAGCAAAACUAUAUCAGUAUGGGGCAAGGAAUUAAUAAUACAAAAACAGUAUAACUGAAGAUUUACAGACUGUUAGGCACAGACAUCUGUCUGCUGAGAGGAAGAUGUGGUUAUGGAGAUAAUCAUGGUUUGAAGAAGUAGGGUACGUCUGGAUGUAUGUUGUGAAAGAGUUGUGUUGGGUCAGUGUGCAGGGCUGUGCUCAGGACUGCUACAUUUUAAGAAGUUAAUCAUCCUUCUUGGUCGCCUAAUGAACCAAUGACCUCUCUAUAUAACAUGGUUUCAGAAGUAACAAUACUUACCUUUUAAGUUCAACUUAUGCAGGACUGGGAUCGUGUCACAAUGAAGAUCUCAGCACACAGGGAAAAGAACAAGGACCGCACAAGGCAGCUGACUACAGAAUUAAAGCACAUCAUCUCAUAUCAGGGUUUAAUUUUGGACUGGAUAACACUAAGUUUGUAAAGGUUUUUGUGUCACUGUUGAUAUCACAUUGAGUGUAAUUUGAAAUUUGAUGCAUCUGGAAAAAAAACAAACAGGAAAAUCAACGCAGUCUGAAGUUGUAGUUGGUACAAAAGCUCAGUAUUGCUGAACUGACACAUACGUGAUAUGCUGCCAGUAAAAGUGAGAUUUCAGAGUAGCAGGUUCCUCUGCAUAGCUCUGUUCCUGCACGUUAGACUUCUUUUGUUUGUGUCCGUCAGGACUGAGGAAAUGUUUACUUGUUUUCUGUUGUGCUCUGCUGAUGUAUGUAUCUACCCAUGCAAGCUAUAAUGACUGAAAUGAAGAUAAAGCAACUUUUAUGCUGCUGCAUCUGUAAUGCAUUGUCUCUUCUCUUACUUUGGCAACACCACCUCCAUUGCUGUACGGCUUUUCCUUUGUGAAAGGAAAACAGGCUCAUGUUAACCAAGAUUUAUUUGCCAAAAUCUCUUUCCUAUGGUAAAGAACUCCAUCCUCCCUCCCAUGUAUGCAAAUUUCUAUUUUAAUACGCUGUUUUUUUUGUUCUGAGUCUUAGGUUAUUGCACUCUUCACUGUAAACAACUGUUUGUGUAUUGGUCAAUACCAAGCCAACGCAAAGCGGUGGCCAUGUAAGGCGACAUCAUAUACUGUACAUGUUGCAUAACCUCUGUAAGGCCACAUCAUACUGUAAGUGUUACAUGACUUGUAUGUAGGCUGACUCUGGAUCAGUUACUUGUUAGCUAUACUAUGUGCAGUGUUAAACCCUCACACUAUACUACAACCGUGUGCCGAUCAGUUCUUAAGACUGUACUGCCCCAUUCUGUUGUACAAAUAAAUGGACUGAACAUCUCGA